AUGGGACCCGAAUUUAUAAAAGAAGGAAAGGUUCAAAGUUUAGAUUCGACGUUUAGGGGUGAUGUUCCUGAGGGAAGUGUUCCUAAGGAAAGGGUUCCUAAGGAACAGGUUCCAGGUUCAUAUUCCUGGUUUAAGGAGGAAGACUCUGUUCCUAUGGAAGAAGUUUCCAAGGAACAGGUCCAAAGUUCAGAUUCCGGGUUUAGGGAAGAAGACUUUGUUCCUGAGGAGGAUGUUCCUAAGGAAGAGUUUCCAAGUUCAGAUUCUGGGUUUAGGGAGGAAAACUUUGUUCCUAUUGAAGGUGUUCCUAAGGAACAAGUUCCAAGUUCCGAUUCCGGGUUUAGGGAAAAAGACUUUGAAAAGGUUCCUAGGGUUGAUGUUCCUAAGGAAAAUGUCCCUAUGGAAGAGUUUCCAAGUUCAGAUUCCGGGUUUUGGAAGGAAGACUUUGUUCCUAAGGAAGAAGUUUUUUCACAGACUGUAUAUUGGAUCAAUUGGAUCGAAGGAAACAAAAGUGUGUUAGAGGAAAUUAAAACACAACCUUGGUUUUAUGACCUAAAGGUUAAUUGGAAUGAAUACCAAAGGGGUGCUAAGCAUAACGAAUUGAGGGAUGAUAAUAAUUUUUCAUUUUCAGAAAAAAAGGAGUUGUUGUGGAGAACUUCGGUAGGGAAGCAGUAUAACAUUAUGGAAUGGAACAGCCAAACAGCAGAUUGGUUUAAGCAUCUGUUGAACAAUGUACAGGAAAUACCAAAUGAAUUGGAAUCGGCCGAGAUAGAACAGCAAUAUUUGUGUAAAGAAUCCUACCGGAACAAUCGCUUAGCCCCCAAAUUGUGGAUGUUAAUCUUAGCAUUAGUAUUUGAAGAGUGUGAAAGGGAAGAAAAUGUGUGUAAUAAGGAAUUGUAUUUAGAUCAUUUAUUACAAAAUGUCUGA